AUGGACGGACGAAUGGGUGGGUGGAUGAAUGGACGGAUGGAAGGACGGACAGGGCGAAGGACGGGUAGAAGGAUGGUCGGAAGGACGGAUAUCGAAUAUACAUAUAACAAAAUUCGUUUAAAAAGAAAUUUUCGCGUACGAAUCACACGUGGCAGUUACGUGCAAUCGCAUUUACGUGAAAGAUCUAGAAGUCAGCCUAAGGCAGACGAUACGAUGAAUAUCAGUCAGUCACCUGUUCUUCAACUUACCUAUUCUCCUAAUAGUCGUUAUGUGUUUUAUAUGUCUUCAGUAGAAUUGGUUUAUGUGCCUAGUUGGGUGUUAUUUCGAGGCGUUGGAGCUCCACUGCCGGCAGGAAAGGGAUUCCUUUGCGGAAGAAUCUGA